CACACCAUAAAAAAAAUAAAAAAUAAAAAAUAUUACCCAAAAAAAAGAGGGGGAAGAAAAAGAAUGGAAAACAGUGAAGUUUAUGCAGUAAUCUGCAUAAGUAUUCUCUUGAUUGCUCCGGUAAUUGUAUCCCAACAAAUACCGGCAGAUAAACGGCAAGUAAAUGCUGAAGGCAUUAUCAAGCCUGUGAAAGAAAGGGGUGACAGCUUAGACCCAGAGUUGAUUCAGGCUGAGAGCAAUCCUAAAGUCAUAAAGGUGAGGCAAGGUGGUGGUGGAGAAUUCAAUAGCGUAAAGAAAGCCAUCGAGAGUGUUGCAUUAGGGAAUACCAAGCGUGUGAUUAUAUCCAUCGGACCUGGGGUUUACAAAGAGAAAAUCAAAAUUGAACGAGGAAAGCCAUUCAUUACAUUGUUGGGAAAUCCAAAAAACAUGCCCAAUUUGACAUUCGGCGGCACCGCCAAGGAGUAUGGAACCGUUAACAGCGCCACUCUAAUUGCUGAGUCUAAUUACUUUGUGGCAGCUAAUCUCAAUAUAGUGAACUCUGCUCCAAGGCCAAAUGGGAAGAUGGUAGGAGCACAAGCGGUUUCUUUGAGAGUCUCCGGCGACAAGUCGGCUUUCUAUAACUGCAAGAUCAUUGGCUUCCAGGACACUUUGUGCGAUGACAGGGGCAACCAUUUUUUUAAGGAUUGCCAUAUUCGUGGCACUGUUGAUUUCAUUUUCGGAAGCGUGACAUCUUUAUAUCUGAACUCGAAAAUAUUUGUAGAAGGAGAUCCAGAAGGAGAUCUAGAAAUGGCAAUAAUUAUAGCACAAGUGAGAGAAAGUUCAUCGGAGGACAAGAGUUAUUCGUUCGUGCAUGGCAGAAUUACAGGAACAUCGAAGGACGUAUUUUUGGGCAGGGCUUGGAAGAGCAGUCCGAGGGUUGUUUAUUCUUAUACUGAAAUGGACGAAAUCGUCCACCCUGGUGGAUGGUCUAGUAAUCGCCAACCUGAACGGGCCGAAACUGUGUACUACGGAGAUUACAAAUGCAUGGGGAAAGGCGCGACUCCUGUUACAUGAGAGAAAUUCGUCAAAUAACGAUCGGAUGCGGAAGCUGAGCCAUUCUUGGUUCUUGACUACGUUGAAGGUACCAAAUGGUUGCUUCCUCCUCCGACGGUACCUAAAUAA